AUGCCCACAGCAAUCAAUGCAGGAUUGGAGGACAAAAUGACAGAAACUGACAACGUGGACAGGAUAUUACCAGAACAGGAGAAAAACAUAAAGGCUAUAAAAAUACCUGCUUGUUUUAGCAAGAUGCCUCAGGAGAGUGGGAAGGACUUCCCUCACACCAAACAAGUGGGGACUUAUCUGGUAGGCAGAAUGAUCAACAAGGGCUCCUUUGCCAAGGUGAUGGAGGGGCUGCACGUCCCCACGGGGGAGAAGGUAGCCAUAAAAGUCAUUGACAAGAGAAAAGCCAAGCAGGAUUCCUACAUGGUAAAAAACAUGAAGCGGGAGCCCCGGAUACACCAGAUGAUCAAGCACCCCAAUGUUGUUCAGCUAUAUGAGACCCUGGAGACUGACAACUCCUAUUACAUGGUGAUGGAGCUGUGUCUCGGCGGGGACCUCCUGGACAGAAUCUGUGACAAACAGAGGCUGGCAGAAAGGGAAGUAAGGAGAUACACCAGGCAAAUUCUGUCUGCGGUCGGGUACCUGCAUUGCCACGGGAUUGUUCACAGGGACCUGAAAAUUGAAAAUUUUCUUCUCGAUGAAAACAACAACAUCAAAAUCGUUGAUUUCGGACUGAGCAAUACUGCAAAGUUUGAGGGUCUCUCUCAGGAGCUGUUACAUACCCAGUGUGGGAGCCCAGCUUACGCUGCCCCUGAACUCCUUGCUCAUAGAAAGUAUGGCCCAAAGGUGGAUGUCUGGUCCAUAGGUGUUAGCAUGUUUGCUAUGCUAACUGGCACAUUACCCUUCACAGUGGAGCCUUUUAAUAUCAAGCAACUACAUCAAAAGAUGGUAAUUGGAGAAAUCAGCCCAAUUCCAUCAGAUAUCUCCCCUGGAGCUGUACACUUUAUGCUGUCCUUACUUGAGCCUGAUCCUGCUAAGAGGCCUGGAGUCAAAGAAGCAAUGAAAGACAAAUGGUUGAACGAAGGUUUCACCAAGAAUAUCCUGAACACUACUACCAGUGAGAACAGACUUUGCUUCGAUGAAUUGAAUCCUGUUAUUUUAAACUAUAUGACAGAAAUGAUGGAAUUCAGUCUUUCAGAAGUUACCAAAAUUCUAAUAAAUAACAGACCUUCUUCUGCCAUGGCUUCUUAUUACUUAUUGCUGAAGAAACUGCUCAGGUACCAGAAAGCACACAGAAGAAUCCAGAGGGAAAGCACCGUAGAAAAACACAACAUUAAUCCCAAUAAGCACAUGAAUGGGGAGUCAGAAAUUCCAAUUUCCCAGCAGGCUGAAAUGGACACUCUGGAAAAUCUCAGAAAUCAUGACAGUAAGUCUUUCCCUUCUGUAGUAACCCUGGCAAUGCCAGAUUCUAUUCAACAAGAUGAGAUUGCAAUUGUAUCUGAAAACCAGGAAAAAUUGACAAAAGUUUCCAAGUUUGCAGACAGAGAGUUGGUUCAUCUUGGACUUCCUACAUCAUCAAGCAAAAGUACAUUAUGUGAACCUAUAUAUCAGCCACUCUUGGACUUUCAGGAGAAUCUGAAGGAUUUUGAGGACUUGACUGUAGCCAGAAAAUCAUGUCUUCAGGAGAAAUCACAGGCCACAGUAGCAAACAACCAAUCUCCUUCUUCAAACAUUCAAGCAGUGACAAGCACAAGCAAAGUGCCUCCUCGGUCACUAAUGGAAAGCAGAACUAUUACCAGGAGUCCUUUGCCUCAGCAGGACAUGAGGUUUAAAGAUCUUCUGAAGGCAGUAGAUGACAGUGUUUCCAUGCCAAUAAAAUGGCACCCUGGUAAAGAAGGCACCAACCUCCUAAUGACUGUCUCUCCCCAGAUCUCCCCUCUUCCCAGGCUGCAACAAACUGCCCUUAGAGAAACCAAGGCUAGAAAGAUUUCCAGGCUAGGCGGAUCACAGCAACAUACAAAUGUCUGCCCGCUGCUUUUAGUCAGUGGUUCAAAACCACCAGCCUUCCCCAUGUCCCAUGAGCAAAUACUUACUGUAAGAAGUUUGAAGCAGUCUAAAGAAAAACCAACUUAUUGUUGCAACAAGAAAGCUAAGAAAAACUUGAACCAACUCAGAUGUACAUCUAAAACUACAGACCUAAAUCUUCCAGCUUUAUCUCCACCAUACCAAGCCAGGCUUGGGGAAAAAGCAGAGAUUUUAAGGUUAAAUUUUACAUAA